AGAUUCCUGGGUGACUGUGGGCAGGGUGCUCACACCCAAGGAGCGCCAGGAUUACGAAACUGCGUGUGCGCUUAAGCGCCUUAUCGUUGCUCAAAUGAUCGAGAAAAAAAACGUGCCGAUCCGAAAUACAAUGUCAUGUUUGUCUUGGUGGAUAAACGCACGCUUAGACUCCGAAUAGAUAAGCAGUAUUUUACCUUGGAGGAUGCUUCGGCCAAAUAUUCUAUACCCGUGGAGGCUAUCGCUGAAGAAGAGAAAAAACAUAACAACUCGGACCUCAAUCGUAACAAAAAACGUCAAGCAAGCAAUCCUGCUGAAGGACCUAGUACGAAGAUGUCUAAGCAUUGA